UUUGCAGCGGAAUAAGAUUGGGCGGGAUAAUUCGUGUUGUUGUAGGCCAAAUACAGUGGCUGAUUAUAUAGUAGAUAUUAAUGUUUCUUUCGGAUAUAAACAUUUUAAGACUUCCUUUCGGUAUUGUUUUGGACUUAAGACAUUCUUAAAUGCAAAAGGAGCAUAACAGAAUCAAGAUUUCAAAAAUAUGUAAGCAAAUAAGAGUGUAAAGUAAUCGACGAAUGGCGGUCUGCUAACAAUAGCGGGCAUGUUGAGACUGCAGCGGAGCAUCGGGAACCUGUCUGCGGGCUUGUGAGCUUCACUGGCGGACACACAGUCUCUCGAACCUCGGUGUGGAGCGUAACACAAUGCCGCAGGGCAAGGCCAAAAAGAAACUGCACUAUCUCCAAGGAGAGGAAAAAGGCAAGUCUAAUCUUAGGAUAAAAGAUGUCUUUUCCCUGCGUGGCAUUGACAAUUUAUUCGAUGACAUUGAUGUUGACUCUGACCUGGGUUUGUCUCUGCUUUCUCCAUUGCCCAAGAGCACUGGUGAAAUUGAGAUCAAGGAAAGCAGGUGUUCAUCUAAUGCAGAUCAGAUGAAGACUCCAUCUAAACAGGUAUGCAAGGAUGCUUUGAUCCAAGAAAAUGGUAUUCAAGCGGGUGACAUAAUUGAUAAAGAGAGUCCAUUUAAAGAGAUUGAUCCCAUUAAGACGUCCAGCCCUAUUGAAAUGGAAACAGGGGGAGGUGAAGCAGUAGAUGGAGUAAGGCUUGUGGCUGACCCUCUGCUCUUUGGAGUUGAAGAUGAGGAGCCUAUUGGAGGAGACCUGAGCAAGCUGCCCUGCACUCAGCAGUCAGAACCAGUGAAGGAAUCCUUCAGUGGGGAUAGUGGGUCUCUGACGUUGCCACCAAAAAGGCUCAAGCUUAGAAAAGCCACUAAACCAAAUGCUGGUUCCUCAUCAUGGGAUAAAGAUCCAAGUCGACUGUCUCCUGCUUUGGUUCAGAAGAAUGAACAACAACUUGGGAAGACUCAGCAAAGCAAGGACCAGAUGGCAGAGGAUUCUGAGAAAAGAUUGUCUUUCCAGCACAAGAUUAAAAAGGCCUUGAUGCCCAAGUCUUCAUGUUCCAGGAAACCAGCAGCAGCAGCUCCAGCUCCUCUGCCUGUAGAUUUUGAGGAGGACUUCAUGAUCCUGGACGAUGAGGCUCCUAUUCUUUUUAUGAUCCCUCGCAAGCCAGAGGUCAGCAGGAGCAAAAGACCUGUCGCAGCAGACUCUGCAAAGGAUAGUGUUCCUGCAGAACCGCACUCUGCAGAUCAGCUUUUACAGAGUGAAGAAGAUACAAAUAAUCAGCAGGGCCCAGAUUCUAAAAGAAACCAAGUGCAAAUUGAUUCUGAUAAGCAAAAACCCAAAGGAAAACGUAGAAGGGCUUCAAAAAAGAACAGCAAAGAACUGGUGCCGCAUGAUGGUUUAGAGGACAGACCAGACCCUGUAACCCAAGGACGAGAGGACAGGAUUUGUGAUCAGAGUUCCUCUCAAACUGUACAGGGAAACAAAGUUGUGGAUUCAUCAGGAAAACGAAAUACGAAGAGCAAAACAUCUGAUCUUGAUGAGCUGUCCGACAAAGAUGGAAACAAUGCCGGUGGCAGCCACGAAACUCCAGUUCCACCUGUGCCUAGAUAUGUAAACAAAUCCUCCAGUUCUCAACAUGAUAGACCAGGGUCGAAAGCAAAAAAGGAAUCCAACAAAGUAAUUGCUGUAGCAGGUUCUCACACCACAAACUCUGUAAAAUCAAACAAAAAUGGAAAAAACAGCAGGAAUGGGAAAUCUGUUUCUAAGACAAAUAGACGGACAUCUAAACAACAAAAAGAGUUAAAACGGAUAGAUUCUGCUUGUGAACUACAAGACGUUGGUGAAGCUCCACUUUCCCUUAAUGAGCAAGAGAAGGCACAAAGAACAGCUGUUAAUAAAAAGUCUUCAACCAAGCAAGAUGCUUUGAAGAUUCCAGCAAAAAAACUGAAGGAAAAAGAGACAAAAACAGUGGAAUCUACACCAAAGGAUCCAUCAGCAAUUGCACCUGACACUUCUUCAGAUAGUCCUGUGACGUGCAAGAGGAGGAGGAAGCCUCCAGGAGAAUGGUGGCUUACUAGCCAAGAUGAAAGCACCACAGAGUGUCAAUCAGAGCCGAAAACCAGUAUGAAAACAACAGAAAAGCAAGCAGCUGUUGUUGAUUCUGAAGAAACACAGUCUUGCAGGCCUAUCCAGGGGAAUCUGAAGAAGCCAAAAACUUCAGUCACUAACAAUGCAGUGGAAAGUGUUGAAAAGGUGAUGGCUCAUGGUGAUGGCCUUGAAACUGGAGCAAAGCAUAAAAUGUCUAAGAAAACAGGUGUUCGAAGGAAACGGAAAUCUGCAACCACUCAGCAACAAGUUCCGUCAUCAACUCCUGGGUUUGGGGAGGAAUUAGAAGAAGACAGACAAGAAGCUUGUGUGAAUGAGAGUGCUGAGCAAGUUAGUCCAGCAUUGUGUAGUCCUUACAGACAGCACAACAUCACACCAGGUGAGAAUAGAGUGUUUGACAAGGUCUACACACGAGACACUGGAACUGCUCAGAAAAAUCCAUCUUCUCUUAGAAGGCCAGAGAGUUCUGUACCAGAUGACGUUCCACAGAAAAGGCAAAGAAAAGCCCCUUCCAACUGGUGGGAAGCACCACCAUCUGAGGAAGCAACUGAUGGUCCACAACCUCACAAUCCCCCUCCACAGAAGUCCAAAUCACCAAAUUCUUCUUUCAGUGGUGUGUUUAAUAAGGGGAUCACAGAAAACAAAUCACAGAAAACAAAGAAUUACAUCAAAAACAUAAAAAGAAACAUAAUCAACACACCAAAGUCAAUCAAAAGAUCUUUAACCUCAAUGAAUGCCAUUUUCACCUCCGAUAAAGCUGAAAACAUUGUAAAAACGAGACAAAAACGGGGACGUAGAAACCUCCUUCACUCUCUUGAGGAUCAGUCAGAACACUCUAGUGAGAAUAUGGCCCACAGUGAUGAUCAACUGCAGGGAAACAGUCAUGCCUCCUUUGGGUUCACCAGUGGCGUUACUGUGGAGUCAUCAGGGACCAGAAAAGAAAAGAGCAUCAGAGCAUCCAGUGGACUCAACACAUUAUCUGAUGUUGACAAUGGUUUAAGGAGUGGGCCAUCAUCAAUGAUUGAUCUUCAGCAACACGAUGAGGAGGAUGAUAUUGACUUGCUGUCGUCCAGAGUGACUGCCCAUGUGCGACACAUCCCUCGGGUGUUGGCCCAGUGUGAUCUUUGCGGUCCUCCACUGCAACCCAUCAUCUUAGAGGAGGAGGACUGGAACAACCUGCAUGUGUGGUUCUCUCACCUGUGGCCCCCAGCCUCUAAAGACGGGCGAGUUGUGAGUCCCGAUGACUUUCACUGGCAUUCCCAUGGAGGCCGAGCAAUUGGCCACGCGGUUGACCUUCAGAGUGGCUCAUUCUCUCAUGGAAAGAUUCUGCUGGGGUCGUUCAUGAAGAAACCCCCACAGGUGGACCUUGACACUGUUUCUGUAUUCAGCAUUAUUUCAAGUUGUGUGCGUGUUGAUAUUGAUGGUGUCAAGUCAAUUUACAAUUCUGGACAGGUGUUUAUGAUACCCUCUGGACAAGUGUAUAGCAUCCAUAACCUCUGUCAAGAGCCUGCUGUACUGAUCUACCACAGAACACAGUCAAACAUCACACCAAACUGAUUAACAUGAUGUGGCCUUUUUAAUUUGAAAUAUCCAACUGUUUAAAUUUUUUUAAUAAAAUUGUAGGUGUUUUUUUUUUAAAAAGAAGAUACAAAUGUAGCUAACUGGCAAAGCUCGUAAAAGCAGUCGUUUGUGUAAAUAGGUUCAGGUAAAUUGUCAAAAUUGAAAGGAUCAUAUUUCUUAUUUGUGAUGACAUCUGUAAAAUAUUAAUUUGAAAGUGUUAUGUAAAAAGCUUUUCAAAACAGAUCUUAUUAAUACAAAUGUACAUUUCUGUCUCCUGUAUUUUCCCAUUGUAAUGCAACUGUUUUGGAAUUUUAAACAAAUUGCUAGGCUGUCAGCAGGGGUCAGCAGAUCCUGUAUUAUUUUACAUUGGCUGUAGUGUAUGUCUAUUACUGUGGGCAAAAAAAAAAUGAAUUACUAGUUGUUUUUUCUAGUAAAAUCUCUCUUUCAGUUUAUUAGUAAUGGCCUAAUUUACAGUCUGUAACAUUUAGACUAGUGUUAUCACAUGUAUGUGAUCUUUUUCUGUCUCGCUGCUUUUGUUGAUGAAAUAUUUAUGUGAACCGCAAACCUGUUAUGCUCAGUUGUUUGGGGAAUGUUUGUAUGUAUAGAUCUGCAAGAAAACGUCAUUUGAAUUUUUCCACUUGAAAAGCUUGCCAUUCCUUUACAUCCCAUUCUGAAAGAGACAUUAGUUGCAGAUACCAGCAUUUCACUGUACAUUUGCUUUUCUUGUAAAGUCAAUUUCCUUAGUAAAGAUUUCACAGCCUUU